CUGUAGCAUCCUUUCCUUCAAACCGCUCAUUCCCCCCCCUUCAAAUCACCGACCUCCAUGGCUUCCCGGAGACUAGCUCUCAACCUGGCGCAGGGCGUGAAGGCCCGCGCUGGGGGUGUUAUCAACCCUUUCCGCAGAGGUCUUGCUACUCCUCACAGCGGCACCGGCAUCAAGACCCAGACCACCACCCUCAAGAAUGGCUUGACCGUUGCUUCCCAGUACUCUCCCUACGCCCAGACCUCCACGGUUGGCAUGUGGAUCGAUGCCGGUUCCAGGGCCGAGACCGACGAGACCAAUGGCACCGCCCACUUCCUCGAGCACCUUGCCUUCAAGGGAACGACGAAGCGCACUCAGCAGCAGUUGGAGCUCGAGAUUGAGAACAUGGGCGCUCACCUCAACGCCUACACCUCGCGCGAGAACACUGUCUACUUUGCCAAGGCUCUCAACGAGGACGUCCCCAAGUGCGUCGAUAUUCUCCAGGACAUUCUUCAGAACUCCAAGCUUGAGGAGUCCGCCAUCGAGCGCGAGCGCGACGUUAUUCUUCGCGAGUCGGAGGAGGUUGAGAAGCAGCUCGAGGAGGUCGUCUUUGACCACCUCCACGCUACCGCCUACCAGCACCAGCCCCUCGGCCGCACCAUCCUCGGCCCCCGUGAGAACAUCCGUGACAUCACUCGUACCGAGCUCGUGAACUACAUCAAGAACAACUACACUGCCGACCGCAUGGUUCUCGUUGGCGCCGGUGGCGUCCCCCACGAGCAGCUCGUCGAGAUGGCCGACAAGUACUUCUCCAAGCUCCCUGCUACCGCCCCUGUUAGCAGCGCUUCCAUCCUCUCCAAGAAGAAGCCCGACUUCAUCGGCUCUGAUAUCCGUAUUCGCGACGAUACCAUCCCCACCGCCAACAUUGCUAUCGCCGUUGAGGGUGUCAGCUGGUCCGACGACGACUACUUCACUGGCCUCGUUACCCAGGCCAUCGUUGGCAACUACGACAAGGCUCUUGGCAACGCUCCCCACCAGGGCAGCAAGCUCAGCGGCUUCGUUCACAAGCACGACCUCGCUACCAGCUUCAUGAGCUUCUCUACCAGCUACAGCGACACUGGUCUCUGGGGUAUCUACCUUGUCACUGACAAGCUCGACCGCGUUGACGACCUUGUCCACUUCUCCCUCCGCGAGUGGACCCGUCUCUGCUCCAACGUCAGCGAGGCUGAGGUUGAGCGCGCGAAGGCCCAGCUCAAGGCCUCCAUCCUCCUCUCCCUUGACGGUACCACCGCCGUUGCUGAGGAUAUUGGUCGCCAGAUCGUCACCACCGGCCGCCGCAUGAGCCCCGCUGAGAUUGAGCGCAUCAUUGAUGCUGUCUCCGCCAAGGACGUUAUGGACUUCGCCAACAAGAAGAUCUGGGAUCAGGAUAUUGCUAUCAGCGCGGUCGGCAGCAUCGAGGGCCUGUUCGACUAUGCCCGUAUCAGGGGUGAUAUGAGCAGGAACGCUUUUUAAGCGAUAGGGAGCAAGAAGGGGGCCGGGUUCUGUAUUAUAAUCGGUGUUACAUUCCAGCCCAAAAUCUGUACUCUAGGGUCGGAGGCUAGACAUAGAGCAAUCAAUUUCCAUGCGUACAAGUUUCACGGUACAG